AUGAUGUUCAACACUGUCAUCGCUGUCUUUAGCGCUUUAUUCGCUGUCAACGUCAUGGCUACUCCUGUUGAAAACCAUCUCGAUGCUCGAGCUGAGUCUCAUAAUGUCAAACUCGUCAACAAUUGCGGUAGCGGUAAAGCUGUCUUUUUGUACCAAGGCAACUCCACUCCCCAAGGUUCUACUACCAUCAGUGGUCCACUCAAUGGAGGUGUAGCUUGGGUAGAUGGUUUCUCCGGUGCUAACUGCUUAAGCUCUGGAGUCAACUGUGGAAUUGUUGAAUUCACUUUAACCAAUUCUCAAGGUCAAGGUAAACAGAACGCUGCGGAUUAUUCUCUUUUGGAUGGCCCAGGUCUCGGUAAUCACAAAUACCAUUACAAGAUGAACUUCGGGUUCACUGGAAGUUGCACCAAGGCCCCUGGAGCCUGCACUGGCAAUUCCGCCUCUCAAUGUCCUGGUGCAUAUCUCGGUUCAGCUACCGAAGGCGGUGCUCCGACUCAAUGUCUUUCUGACAACACCGGUAUCACUAUCACCUUCUGUUAG